AUGAGCGAGGGCCCCAUGAGCAAGGCAGCCACCAUGGAGAUCCCCAUCCACGGCAACGGAGACUCCCGGCGCUUGGCGGAUGACGACGGCUUGGAGCAGGACUUGCAGCAAGUGAUGGUGUCAGGGCCCAACUUGAACGAGACCAGCAUUGUCUCUGGAGGUUAUGGGGGAACGACUGAGGGCAUCGUCCCCACCGGCAUCAUCAAAGGCCCCCUCGUUCCAUCUCACCCUCCCCGAGGACCACUCAUCUCCCCCAACCCUUCAGCUGCCAGCCGCAUAGCCAGCCAGGCUCCCAUGGCCACAGGCUCCAACUUGCACCAGCCCCACCCCAACCCAGCCAUGACGGGGGAGGAAGCGGCGGCGGCUGCCGCCACGCGAGGAGUGGCUGUGGAGAAGCUGGACAUUGUCAGGAAAUGGGGCAUCAACACCUACAAAUGUACCAAGCAGCUGCUGUCGGAGCGCUUUGGGCGUGGCUCGCGGACCGUCGACCUGGAGCUGGAGACCCAGAUCGAGCUGCUGCGCGACACCAAGCGCAAAUACGAGUCCCUGCUGGGCCUGGCACGGGCCCUCACCAACCACUUCUACAGCCUCGUCCAGACGCAGCACGCCCUGGCAGACGCCUUCUCGGACCUCAGCCAGAAGUCCCCUGAGCUCCAGGAGGAGUUUGGAUACAACGCCGAGACUCAGAAGCUGCUGUGCAAGAACGGAGAGACGCUCCUGGGGGCCGUCAACUUCUUCGUCUCCAGCAUCAACACCCUCGUCAACAAAACCAUGGAGGACACCCUGAUGACGGUCAAGCAGUACGAGACGGCCAGGCUGGAGUACGAUGCUUACCGCACAGACCUGGAGGAGCUCAGCCUGGGGCCCCGGGAUGCCAGCACGCUCUGCCGCUUGGAUGCCGCCCAGGCCAACUUCCAUGCCCACCGCGCCAAGUACGAGAAGCUGCGGGCGGACGUGGCCGUCAAGCUGAAGUUCCUGGAAGAGAACAAGGUGAAGGUGAUGCACAAGCAGCUCCUGCUCUUCCACAACGCCAUCUCGGCCUACUUCGCCGGGAACCAGCAGCAGCUGGAGCAGACCUUGAAACAGUUCAACAUCAAGCUGAAGAGCCCUGGGACCGACAAGCCCUCCUGGCUGGAGGAGCAGUGAGCGGGGCCUCC